UUCUUCUCUCCCUCUCUCCAGCGAUGUCGUCUCUUCUGAGGGAGGAGAUGCAGAGAGUUUUGUUCCGACCUGCAAAACAGAGACUGGUGGAGUUCAUUGAAAUUGAAGAGCCAUCGCACGGAAGACAUUUUCUCUGUGCCUCAGUUGCAAAAAACAAAGAAGUCCAGCUAUGUAUAGUGCACUGUCAGAUGUCUGUACCCCUAAAGUCUGCAUCCAAGAGAUCCUUCACCAAACGCUCCUGCAUACAAGAGUGCUACCGGAGGACAGAGAUCUGGUCCUUGAAAGACCUUACCCUGAUUGAUGGAAGAAAUCCUGACGUGGAUGACCCUUGUUUCCUGCUGCACUUCGACGAGGUGCGUACAGUGACGGCCAUCAGCUGCUCAGCCAAAUACGCUAUCGUGCGUGCCCUGGUUGCCCUCAGUGACCGGUACUGUCAAAGGUCACUGAACCUGAGGAACUUUGACUGGCCUUACAUCAAGCCCACCUCCUUCUACUCAAACAAAGGGGACUGCGCUGUUCUGUCACAGAUAUGCUUCUAUGCAAUCAAUUUGGUUUGUCUCUCCAUGUGUCAUGUGCCUCUGGAUGGAUAAUAAAAGUAUG